GUGCGUCGUGCUUGCGUCAGUCGACUCUCAAUGUAAGUGUCUUGACCUGGUCAGAGAAGUCACGCUGCAAACUUGGUGGUGUAUGGACGCAUGUGCUUCGUGUGAUCCUUGUGGCUCAAGCAGCACAUCCCAAAAAAGGAUUCGCUUUCAAACAUUAACUUUCCAAACAAGACAGCUCUGCGCUUGCUGCUUGAAUGCUAUAUCUCUUAGCCUUAUUCAGCCCAAGUUGAUUUGAGGUCGCGACAGUCCCAGGACUAAAGCCAUGAAUUCUAUUCGCCUGCUGACACGCUUUGGGGUCAAGUUUCCCGGACGUGGACAGAGAAUACCACAAUUUCAUUGUUCCAUUGUGGGCAGGGCAUGCCCUGCUAGUAGGAUGACAUGUGACCGGUGGACAGGCCGGCCCUAUGGUACUCUUGGUAAACCAGAAGAUGCAGGUGGCCAAGCAGUUUUCGCCAGCGCGCCUUGCGCCCUUUUGCCCACGUCGUUGGCCCCAGCAUCGCUGGCAGAGAGCGACUAUCGCUGGGUCUUCGAAGACUUGGUCAGUGUGGAUUCGGUCGGGAUCGGGCUUCCCGGCAUCGUUUCGUUGGGGAUUUUUCUGAACCCAAUGUUUGAAGCGAUGCCUCGCAUUCGAAAGCUGGGACACGUCGGAGACAUGCCUAUGCUCCCAUACUCAGCAAUGGCAUCCCAGGGAAGUGUUUGGACUGCAUAUGGCAUGCUUCUAAACAAUCCUGCGAUAUGGACACCGAACCUAUGUGCAACGCUGCUUGGGGUCUACUAUAUGUGGGUCUAUUGCACUCACUGCCCCGACUUGGGACACGUCUUGAAGAUUCAUAUCCUGAAGAAGCUGGCCACUGUGAUCUUUGCCAUCGUAGCCUACGGCUUUCUGCCACACGAUCUUGCCUUGAACUUGUUGGGAAUUGCUGGGAAUGUCAUGACAGUCUUCAUGUUUGGAGGGCCACUUGCAGCUAUUCGAACAGUUGUUGCGGAGCAGAACACAAAGGCGCUGAACCUGGGUUUCACUUGCAUUGUGAAUCUGAAUUGCAACUUGUGGUUUUUCUAUGCGUACUUCAUGCUUGAUGAUCCUUACAUAUACCUUCAAGAUGGCUUGGGCAUCAUUUUGACAACGAUUCAGCUGGGCCUUUUUGCACGGUAUGGUAUUCAGCGACACUGACAUGUGAGACUCUGUCUGAGACAGACAUAAGACAUCAUAAGACAUAUGUUAUGUUUUCUCAACCUUGGCAACAUGCCAUUGGAUGAAGAAUGACGAGAGGUGGAAGGCUGUUUGCCAAGUAACCUCAAUUGGCAGCGUCAUUAACUUUUGAGCCAUUUGCCAGCUUGGCACAUUGAAAUGCAUUGGCUUCAGCCUCGGCUUUAGGU